AUGGGUGUUGACACCGCCCGACGGCAGGCCACUGUGGCCGGAGUACCCAUCAGACAUGCUGUGCUUGUGGGACUCGUUGUUCAGAAUGCUGCCUUGGUCCUCCUGAUGCACUACUCCCGGGUCAUGCCCUUGGUGAAUGGCGAUCGAUACUACGCUUCAACGGCAGUUUUCCUCUCCGAAGUCGUUAAGUGCUCCUUCUUUCUAUCGAUGGCACUAUACGAGAUCGCAACGAACCCCCAGACCCCCGAAACCUCGACCGUCAGCGAACUAUCGAACGCGUUGUCAAAAGCUGUGCUUACGGGGGAUAGUUGGAAGUUGGCGAUUCCAGCAAUGCUUUUUACACUACAAAACUCACUGCAAUACGUUGCGGCAAGCAACUUGGAUGCGGCGACUUUCUCGGUCACAUUCCAGCUGAAGAUUGUGAGCACGGCUAUCUUUGGGACGGUCUUUCUGGGCAAAAUACUGUCUCUCCGGAAGUGGGCCAGCCUAGGUCUCAUGGCACUUGGGGUGGUUAUAGUGCAGAUGUCAUGCGUCUCGCGAGAAGGCCGCGUGUUGUCGAUCAAAGAUUUGAGGGAUGGCGUUUCUUUCAACGCACCACGAAGCAUUUGGGAUAUGGAGGCAGAAGGCAACGAAGCUGCUGGCCGGCUGAACAAGCGAUCUGCCACUUACGAGGGAAUUGACGAAGAUUUCGCCGCGGCAUACCCCAAGAUGAAUGGAUCUGUUGGUCUUGCGGCUGCGGUGUUGGCUUGUGUACUGUCUGGCAUUGCAUGCGUUUACUUCGAGAGGAUCUUGAAGGCGAAGGACAGCUCGAAGGCGUCUGUCUGGGUGCGUAAUGUGCAACUCUCAUUCUACUCCAUUUGGCCGGCGUUGUUCCUAGGCGUACUGUUCACGGACGGCGAACACAUUUCCAAGACUGGAUUCUUUACUGGAUACAACUGGGUCGUUUGGCUGGUUAUUCUUUUGCAGGCGGCAGGAGGUGUACUGGUGGCGUUGGCAUUGAGCUAUGCGGACAGUAUGACGAAGUCUCUGUCUACCAGUGUGGCUGCAGUCAUCACAUUCUUGGCCAGUGCUCUUUUCCUCGAGUUCCAAACAACAUUACUGUACCUGCUUGGCACGCUGGCUACCACGGCUGCUGCCUUCAUCUACGAUUCCACACCAGAGGACAGGAGGUCACGACCACCACCUAUCAACAUAACUCAGUACGAAAAAAGUGGAGGCGGAGAUCCAGGAUACUUUGACUUGGAAGCCGUUGCAACGGCCGGCAAGUCGCCGCUCCGCGACCCCCUUCGAGAUGCGUUAUCGACCAGCAGGCCUGGCACACCAGUUAGCGAAAGACGACACCUUCGAAGCAAGAGCUCUGAGCGUGUGAGAAUCAUUGAUGUUGGAGUCGAUUUGAUGGAACGCUUUGGGACGUGUUCAGGACUUGAGGUUGGCGCGGUUGACAUUGGGAAGGUGCGAUCCAGCGAAGCUGCCUUGCCACGUGAGAGCACCAUGUCGCCACACGCUAACUCUCAUUUCCCUUCUCGAUUCUUCUCUUUCAUCUUCCUCUCUCAUUGUCUUUCCCCGCCAGGCUCACUGAGCGCGGCAAUGGACGACGACGGCAUCUUCAGCCGGAUGGACGAGCUGGCGGCAGGCCAGCGACGCCAAGCAUACCAUAACUACACUCACAACGGCAACAGCAACGGCGGCUUCUAUGCCUCUGGCAGCUACCCACAACUUGACGAGUACGAUGACCGUUAUCCUCCGGCUUAUGGCUUCCAGAAUGACUAUGUGCAGGAGCCUUUGCAGCUUGACGACUUUGACCAGAGACUCCUUCAUCAACCCGAUCUCGACUCCCGCCAUGGCCAGGCUGCUUUGGGUCGAGCUCGACUGUCACUUCCACCUGCAAGAGGUGGCAUCUCUCAACCUCAAGAUCUGUACCAGCCACCAUCACUCAACCCGCCUCGUUCCACGCAGCAACCCAACUUUUCUCGCUUUGCAUUCAAUUCCGGCCAAACCGCUCAAUCCACUUCGCCAUCGUAUCGACCUUCAAGCCCGACACGUCGUUUGUCUCAGCAACAUCCGGCACCUGUGAGCCGUCUGCCAGAACCCACGUUCAAUCAUGGUCCAGCGAGCACGAGGCCAAAGUACCUACAAUCCGAAGCGAUUGAGGAGGUGCCUACAUCGGAUGAGCAGGAGCUACCAAGUAACCCUUUCGAUUCUCGAUCAGCAUCCAGGCCGGCACACCCACCAAGAACAUCGCAUGUUCCCAAGACUGUGACACCCAUUGUCCAGGGCAUCAACCUCAUCUCGACUCAUGAGCUGCCAGACCGCUUCCGAGCCAUGUUCCCAUUCCCGUUAUUCAAUGCUGUACAGUCGAAAUGCUUCAGUGUGGUAUACCGGACAAAUGACAACUUCGUCGUUUCUGCCCCCACCGGCAGUGGCAAGACGGCCAUUCUCGAGCUGGCCAUUUGUCGCCUCAUCAAUGGUUUCGCCAAUGGCUCCUUCAAAGUUGUGUACCAAGCUCCAACGAAGUCGCUCUGCUCUGAGCGAAAGAAAGAUUGGCAGGCCAAGUUUGGGCCUCUUGAUCUGCAGUGUGCCGAGUUGACCGGAGACACUGACAAUGCCCAGCUACGCAGCGUUCAGCAUGCCAGCAUCAUCAUCACGACUCCAGAGAAAUGGGACAGCAUCACUCGCAAGUGGAAAGAUCACCAGAAGCUCAUGCAGACCGUCAAGUUAUUUCUGAUCGAUGAAGUGCAUAUUCUCAAGGAAGACCGGGGUGCCACCCUCGAAGCAGUUGUCUCGCGGAUGAAGUCUGUCGGCUCGAACGUUCGAUUCGUGGCCUUGAGUGCUACGGUACCCAAUUCGCACGACAUCGCGACCUGGUUGGGCAAAGAUCCGGUAACAGAGCAAGUGCCCGCUCCUCGUGAGAAGUUUGGAGAGGAGUUCCGGCCAGUGCGAUUGCAGAAGCAUGUCUGCGGCUACCAUUCGACCAGCAACGACUUCGCCUUUGAGAAGACGCUGAACAGCAAGCUCACAGAUGUGAUCGCAAAGCGGUCGCAGCGCAAGCCCAUCAUGGUAUUCUGUGCCACACGCAAGUCAUGCGCUGACACUGCGAAGCUUCUUGCAAAUUGGUGGUCGACCAAAGGCCCGCGCGACAGACAUUGGUCUGCUCCUCGACAGCGAGUGGUGGUUGCAGAGCAACAGCUGAAGGAGACCGUUGUUGCCGGCGUGGCCUUUCAUCACGCUGGACUCAGCAGUGACGACCGCACUGCCAUUGAGGAUGCCUACAAGAGGGGCGAUAUCAAUGUCAUCUGCUGCACGUCAACUUUAGCAGUUGGUGUCAAUCUGCCCUGCCACAUGGUCAUACUCAAAAACACGGUCUCGUACCAAAAUGGCUCCCUCAAGGAGUACUCAGACCUUGAGGUCAUGCAAAUGCUUGGCCGUGCCGGUAGACCUCAAUUCGACAACAGCGCGGUGGCGAUCAUCAUGACUCGACUCGAGAGGAUGAAGACUUACGAGCAGAUGAUAGCUGGGCAGGAGAUUUUGGAGAGCUGCCUGCACAACAACCUCACCGAGCACCUGAACUCAGAGAUUGGACUCGGAACCGUCACCAAUCUCUCGAGCGCAAAGAAGUGGCUGAAGGGAACGUUCCUAUACGUCAGAUUGAAAGAGAACCCGGAUCACUACCACAUUGAACAACAAGCCCUUGGACGAGACCUCGACGAGCGACUUGAGAACAUUUGUCGCAACGGCCUUGCCUCCUUGGAAGAACACGACCUCGUUCGAGGAACCACGAAGCUUCAAAGCACCGAAUUUGGCGAUGCUAUGGCUCGCUACUAUCUCAAAUUCGAUACCAUGAAAGAUCUCCUCGCCCUCCCCGAGCAAGCAAAGCUGUCAGAGAUCUUGUCGACUGUCGCUCAGGCCGCCGAGUUCAAGGACAUCCGUUUUCGUGCAGGAGAGAAGCCUGUCUACAAAGAGCUCAACAAGAAUCCAUCGAUCAGAUUUCAGAUUCCAGGCGACAUCGACUCGACGGCUCACAAGGUCUCACUGGUCAUUCAGUCAACGUUGGGGGCGAUCGAGCUUCCAACUGAAGAGAGCAAGCAUCAAAUGGAAUAUUCCACAGCUAAGAACACCAUCUUUCAACACGCUCACCGGCUCAUCAGGUGCAUCAUUGACUGCCAGCUAUACCUCAAGGAUGCUACUUCGGCACGACAUGCAUUGAUGCUAGCACGAAGCCUUGGCUCUGGUUCUUGGGACGAUUCGCCGCUUCAUAUGAUGCAGCUCGACACUCUUGGUAUUGUGGGAACUCGCAAGCUCGUCACAGCCGGAUUCAAGUCGAUUGAGGAUAUUGAAGGCGGUGAUCCUCGUCGUAUCGAGAUGAUCCUAUCGCGCAACCCUCCUCACGGAGAUCGACUGCGAGAGCAAGCAAAGAUCUUCCCACGGCUGCGCAUAUCGAUGAAGACGAUUGAUCGGCCGACCAUCAAAGGCGAUGAGAGAGUCACGGUCAAGGUCAAAGCCGAAAUCGGGUUCUUGAACGACAAGCCGCCAGAGAUGCUCCUUCGAAAGAUGGUCUACGUUUGCUUGCUCGUGGAGACUUCGGAUGGCCGUUUAGCACACUUCGCUCGCGUCAGUGGAAAGAAGCUGGGAAACGGCCAGGCGCUACUGUUCACAGCUGACUUGACCUCGCAUACCCAGACGAUACGGGGAUAUGUCAUGUGCGAUGAGUUCGCCGGCACACAGAGGACGGCGACGCUGAAGCCUGAGGUGCCAGCGUUCAUGUUUCCAGCACCAAAGGCGGCGGCAGAAGAAGCUGCCAAGAAGCAGACUGCCAAUAUCAACGCGCCAAACACGGCACAGCGACGUGCUGCUGCGACUGCUGCCGCCGCUGCCAAUCCUAAUCGACAGGAUGAGGACGAGUUCGGAGAUGCUGGCAUUGACGAUGAUGCCCUGGUCGCCGCAGAAGGCAAUGGGUUCACGAACAUCGACGACUUUGACGACGACGGCAACCAGAAACGCAAGUUGACGACAAAGGCCUCGACCGCAUCGAAGGUUAACCCGGCUACAACUGAGAGAUGGGAGCCUCAACAGCUUGCCAGUGGCAAGUGGGCAUGCAACCACAAAUGUAUCGACAAGGUCAAUUGCAAACACAUAUGUUGCCACGAGGGGCUGGAUCGUCCACCCAAACCACCCAAGCCGAAAGAGCCGAAGAAGGAAGCAUCUGAUCCAAAGCAAACGAAGUUGGAUGCCAGCAUGAAGAACAAAAAGCCAACAGCAGGGGGUUCGAAAGACACUGUCCUUCCAGCAUCCACGGCUCCAGCCCGCAAGAAGUCUGAGCCAAAGGAGGCGCGCGAUCUGGAUCGCCUUCACAACAGCGUACCAAGUUCAGUUUCCAAUCUGCCACUGCUGAAGGACAGGCCGAACGCCAAAGCCAAAGCCACCACUCAAUCCCGUCUGAAUUCGAUUGGAUCUGUUCACAAGUACAACUCCAGUGAUUACGGCCUCGAUACCCUCGACGACGAAGACCUACCAGCAGACUUCGACUUUGACCUCAAUGGCACGCAGCCAGGUACGCGUAUGAGUCCACCUCAGAACACCUUUAACUCGAAUGACGACGAUGAGGACCUAUUAAGUGGUCUCUACAACUUCGCCAACGACGUCCUUCCUACCAACGCGCCCGCACCCAAAGAUGACGCCCUCUCCACCAUGGACAAAGACACUCCAGCCUUCCUCCGCAAGCCAUAUACAAUGCAAUCAUCACCACAGAAAGGCCACUCAAUCUUCCUUACCGGUGACACAAGCAGCUCCUCCCUCCACGCCACCCCCUUUCAACCCCUCCCAAAACGCAAGCACUCAGCCGACGUCGACGAGUCUAACCACCUGAGCGCAUCCUACCCACCACCCUCAAAGAAACACAAACCCAACACCCCAGGAGCAGAAGAAGAAGACGACGACUUCAAAGACGAAGAAAUGCUCCUCAGCGACUCCUACCAACCUGAGCAGGAGAACAGCGAUCUGAUCAUGCGAGAUGCCGCACCGACUGGAGAUGGGGAUGUCAAAGACCAGCAGCAGGUGAAGGAUGAGGAAGAAAUCAAAGAGGAAGAUAGCAAGCCCGAGGACGUGCAUUUAAGGGAAUGGUUCGAGAAGGAAUUUGGGACGGAGAUGUUCACUUUUGUGGACUGA